CAAAACUCUAUAAAUAUAGCUCAGCUAAGAUUACAUUCUCACCAAGCAAAAACUCAAAACUUCACCAUCUUUAGGAGUAGCAUCAAUAUUCAAGAUGGUUCUCCAAACUCAACUUGGGUUGAACAAGCACCAAUCCUACGCUCACGAGCAAAACUGCUAUUCCGACAGCAGCAUUGGCGGCUCUAUGCAAAUGACAAGGCCUUCGGACUAUUCCACCAUGCCAUAUGGUCAGUCCACUCACAAUCACAUGAUGAUGGGUCAUGGUGGCCAACACCAUAGCGGUCAUGGCCAUGGCGGACAUUAUGGUAGUCAUGGACAUCACGGGUCGCAUAUGCCCCAUGACUCCACCAACUUUUCAAGCAACACCAGUAUGGUCCAUAAUGAUGGUGGCUAUGGUAGUGGAAUGCAACAAUCUGCCCAUAUGUCGUCAGCCAUGGGCAUGGGGUCGACGAAUUAUCAUGGUCAUGGUUACGGUGGCAACCACCCUAGUCAGUACGGCCAGAGCCAGAAGUUCAACUGGGCUCUUAAGGAUUUGGAGGAAUAAAUUUACGACAAAUUUGAUGAUAUCAUGUAUGGUGAAAGUAUGUGUGUCUUUUGGUAGUGUCUUUGGCUAUUUAUAUAUAGCAUAAAGAACUACUACCUAAAUAAGUAAUGUAAUAAACGAUCUGCUGCUUUACUUGAAUAUCUAUGUAUCUGCUUUAUCAUUACUAAAAUGAUGAAUAAUUAUAAGUAUGUUUAUCACUGAAA